AUGGCGUCCGCCCCGUCUCGACUCGGCCUGUCCAGGGGCAGUUUCUCCAAGGGCAUCACCACCGGCCGUUUCUCUGUCUCGCUCUCCGAACGCCAGAUCCUCUUCAACCCGCCUCGCCGCCUAGUCAUCAACACGUCUCCCUUCCGCUUCUACUCCCAAAAGGCCUUCCGUCGGCCUCGUUUCUCGGCCCGCCUCCGUCAUGCCUUGAAAAACUCCAAAAUCCAAUGGUACCGCAUCCCGGUCGGGCUCGGCAUUGGCUUCCUGGGCCUCGUCCAAUUCAACAAAGUCCGCAACCGCCAGGCCGCGCAGGAGGACGGGGAGCACGGAGCAGUUGAAAACGCCACAAAGCCCAAGAAACGGCCGCGGAUCCGGCCCGAUGGCCCUUGGCAGGUCCAGGUCAUGUCCACGUUACCUCUCAAGGCGCUCUCUCGGUUAUGGGGACGCUUUAAUGAGCUCACCCUUCCAUACUACAUGCGCGUACCAGGUAUCAAACUCUACAGCUACAUUUUCGGAGUGAACUUGAGUGAGGUCGAGGAACCGGACCUUCACAAAUUCCCCAACCUCGCCGCGUUCUUCUAUCGGACCCUCAAGCCCGGUGUGCGGCCAAUCGACCCGAACCACAGCGCCCUGACGUCGCCCUCUGAUGGCCGCAUUCUACAGUUCGGCAAAAUCGAAGGCGGCGACAUUGAGCAAGUCAAGGGCAUGACCUACACCCUCGACGCCCUGCUCGGCAAGCACACACCCGCGCCAAGCAUUGUCAGCGGCCAGCUGUCGUCGUCGGCCUCCUCCACUUCUUCGUCGACAGCCAACCUGCGCGCCGCUGUGACCACGGCGGCCGGCAACAAGAGCCAGGCCAACGUGGCACUGACCAGCGACGAAAGUCUGGUCCGCGCCGACGAGGAGUUUGCCCAGGUCAAUGGUAUCUCGUACACGUUGCCCGGCCUGCUCUCCGGCCCCGACGUCACCGACCGCCCCGAGGCAGAACUGGAGGACCAGUCGAUGCUGCCGUCGGCCAAAUCCAUCUCAGAGGUGCAGGCCGACCUGGACCUGCCCUGGUACACGCAGCUGAUGUCCAAGGACAAGAAGUCGGCGUUGUACUACGCAGUCAUCUACCUGGCGCCGGGCGACUACCACCGGUUCCACUCGCCGACGAACUGGGUGGUCGAGCGCCGCCGCCACUUUGCCGGUGAGCUGUACAGCGUGUCCCCGUACCUGCAGCGUACGUUGCCCGGUCUGUUCACACUCAACGAGCGUGUUGUUCUGCUCGGCCGUUGGCGCUGGGGCUUCUUCAGUUACAUCCCGGUCGGCGCGACCAAUGUGGGCUCCAUCAAGGUCAACUUUGACCGCGAGCUGCGGACCAAUAGCUUGACGACGGAUACGGCAGCCGACCGCGCGGCCGAGGAGGCGGCCGCACGGGGCGAGGCGUACUCGGGCUUUGCGGAGGCCACGUACGCUGCGGCCAGCCCGGUCCUGCACGGCCACGCGCUGCGCCGGGGCGAGGAGAUGGGCGGCUUCCAGCUGGGCAGCACGGUCGUUCUUGUGUUCGAGGCUCCGAAGCCGGAUGCCGCAGCCGCAGUGGGCGGCGAGGCCAGCGACAAGAGCACGCCCGGCUGGCACUGGGCUGUCGAGAAGGGCCAGAAGAUCAAGAUGGGCCAGGCCCUCGGGUUUGUGAACGAGUAA